AUGAUAAAAGGGCGCAACACGAUUAUCCGCGUUUGCGAUGGUCAAAUUUCAAAUAAAUACACACAAAAAACCAUGUUAAAAGGGCGCAACACGAUUAUCCGCGUUUGCGAUGGUCAAAUUUCAAAUAAAUACACACAAAAAACCAUGUUAAAAGGGCGCAACACGAUUAUCCGCGUUUGCGAUGGUCAAAUUUCAAAUAAAUACACACAAAAAACCAUGUUAAAAGGGCGCAACACGAUUAUCCGCGUUUGCGAUGGUCAAAUUUCAAAUAAAUACACACAAAAAACCAUGUUAAAAGGGCGCAACACGAUUAUCCGCGUUUGCGAUGGUCAAAUUUCAAAUAAAUACACACAAAAAACCAUGUUAAAAGGGCGCAACACGAUUAUCCGCGUUUGCGAUGGUCAAAUUUCAAAUAAAUACACACAAAAAACCAUGUUAAAAGGGCGCAACACGAUUAUCCGCGUUUGUGUUGGUCUAAAGUACGAAUUUAACUUCUCGUUAAGAAGAUAA